AUGUCUGUGCAUGUCCCAGUCAACAAUGCUGAGUACAUAGGAGCAGAGGAGAGGAAGCUGCGUUCUCGCGAUGCAGCCAGAUGCAGGCGGAGUCAGGAAACUGGAGUGUUUUAUGAACUGGCUCACACUCUGCCGCUCCCCCGCCGAGUCUGCACGCACCUGGACAAAUCCGCCAUCAUGAGAGCCGCCCUCAGCUUCCUGCGGAUGCACCGCCUCCUCCGACCUGCAGGUGAGAAGCAGCAGGAGGAGGACUCUGUAGAGGAGGAGGAUCCAAUGGAUGCUUUCUGUCCUCAGGCGCUGGCUGGCUUCAUCAUAGUGAUGACUGAGGAGGGAGACAUGAUUUACCUGACUGAAAACGUCAGCAGACACAUCGGCAUCACACAGGUAAGAACACAACCUGAGCUCUGUUCAGAAAGCAAGUUUAACGAACUCUGGGUCUAAAGGCAUAUGCACACUAAGUUUUUUUUGUGUUUUUUCUUAUACUUUUUUUA